GGCUCACGCUGAUCCAACCCAAGCUCAUUCUCGCGGAGUAGCGGCCGUCGACACCGCCGGCGGUAGUCUAGGGCUUCAAGACUGACAACAUGGCACGAGGGUUAAAGAAACAUUUGAAGAGGCUUAAUGCCCCAAAGCAUUGGAUGCUUGACAAACUUGGGGGUGCUUUUGCUCCCAAGCCAUCUUCUGGACCUCAUAAGUCAAGGGAGUGCUUGCCCUUGAUCCUUAUCCUGAGGAACAGGUUGAAGUAUGCUCUCACAUAUCGUGAGGUCAUUGCCAUUUUGAUGCAACGUCAUGUUUUGGUUGAUGGGAAGGUCAGGACUGAUAAGACAUAUCCCUCAGGCUUCAUGGAUGUUGUGUCAAUUCCUAAAACAAAUGAGAACUUCCGCCUGCUUUACGACACCAAGGGCCGGUUUCGUCUCCACUCAAUUAGGGAUGAAGAGGCUAAGUUUAAGCUCUGCAAGGUGAGGUCUGUGCAGUUUGGACAGAAGGGAAUCCCAUAUCUCAACACUUAUGAUGGGCGAACCAUCCGCUACCCUGAUCCUCUGAUUAAGGCCAACGACACUAUCAAGCUAGAUUUGGAGAGCAACAAGAUCACCGAUUUCAUAAAGUUUGAUGUUGGGAAUGUUGUCAUGGUGACGGGUGGAAGGAACAGAGGACGUGUUGGAGUCAUUAAGAACAGGGAGAAGCGUAAGGGCAGCUUUGAGACCAUCCAUGUCCAGGAUGCCACUGGGCAUGAGUUUGCAACACGUUUGGGAAAUGUGUUCAUCAUUGGCAAAGGUACAAAGCCCUGGGUGACUCUUCCCAAGGGCAAGGGUAUCAAGCUGUCCAUUAUUGAGGAGGCCCAGAAGAGACUCGCAGCCCAAGCAGCUUCCAGUGCCUAAUACCAUGGGGUCAAUUUUCUUGGUAUGUCCUCCAGGCAUAGUUUUUAUACAAGUUCAGUAGAUGUGACUUUGAUUUUGCAGUUUAAUCUCUCUUAUUAGUCUUUAUGCUUAAAGAUUCAUGUUUUGAUUUCUGGUGUUUCUUUACCAUUACUGAGUUGCAAACUGUAUGCUAUGGGCUGGAAUUUGGAUAGACUAGAUCGUUUUGAUUAGCUAAAAUCUGUCCUGUAUUAUGUUUUGUGAUGUUGGACCUUUUUUUUGUUCUCAUAAGGAAUAUCUACCUUGCAUUUGCAGCUUUUAUCAUUUUAA